AUUUCGUCCUUCCUUCCUCCAUUCAAGGUCCUUCUCCCCUCCAAGCGCUUCUGGUCCAAACUGGCUCCUAGUCAGGCCUACUGGAACCGCCAGCAACAGAGACUGGACCUCCAACACAACCCCAUCCUCGCCUCCUCCAAUAGUAACAACACUAGCGAUGAUGAUGAUGUCAGACCUGUCCCUGAUUGGCUCAACGACACGGGGCUGAACCCUGACCCCUGCCAACCGGACUACAGAGUCACCACUCACGUGAAAGACUACAAUUCCCUACCUCCUCGUUUUAAAGACUUCCUGCUCUACAUGCGCUGUCGGUCGUACCCUCUAGUGGUGGACCAGCCUCACGUCUGCCAAAAGACCCGGAGAGGGGAGCCGCCCUUCCUCCUACUGGCCGUCAAAUCCCUCGCUCCUCACUUUGACCGCCGCCAGGCCAUCCGCCAGUCGUGGGGUCGAGCCGGCGUCCUCGCCAACCGGACGGUUGUCACGGUGUUCCUGCUCGGCAACACCACGGCCGUGGACCACCACCCAGAUCUGUCGGAGAUGCUGCGCUAUGAGAACACUCACCACCGCGACAUCCUGCAGUGGGACUACCGGGAUUCGUUCUUCAACCUGACCGUCAAGGAGGUGCUCUUCCUGGACUGGAUGACCACACGCUGCCCUGGAGCUCAGUUCGUCUUUAAAGGGGACGAUGACGUCUUUGUCAAUACGUUGAGGAUCCUGGCCUUCCUCAAGGGCCUCUCGGGGCCCCGGGCAAGGGACCUGUUUGUAGGGGAUGUGAUCACCAACGCGGGGCCGAACAGGGAUAAAAAGGUGAAGUACUUCAUCCCAGAGAGUUUGUUCGUUGGCAAGUACCCGCCAUACGCAGGCGGAGGGGGGUAUCUGUACUCCGGGGACCUGGCCAGGCGGCUGCACGGAGCCUCGCAGCACGUACCUCUCUACCCAAUCGACGACGUCUACACAGGGAUGUGUCUGAGGAAACUGGGGCUGGGGCCGGAGAAGCAUAAAGGCUUCAAGACGUUUGACAUUGAGGAGAAGUACAGGAGGAACCCGUGUGCCUAUAAGGGUCUGAUGCUGGUACACAGCCGGACACCGCAGGAGAUGAUCCAGAUCUGGGCCUGGCUCAAUGACCCCAACUUGACCUGUCAGUAACUUCCCAGCCCGUCACCAUUUUGACUUCAGAAACCGGGGACAACAGGUGUCGAUGGCCAUUUUGACUUCAGAAACCAGGGACAACAGGUGUCGGUGGCCAUUUUGACUUCAGAAACCGGGGACAACAGGUGUCGGUGGCCAUUUUGACUUCAGAAACCGGGGACAACAGGUGUCGGUGGCCAUUUUGACUUCAGAAACUGGGGACAACAGGUGUCGGUGGCCAUUUUGACUUCAGAAACCGGGGACAACAGGUGUCGGUGGCCAUUUUUGAUUUGAGCUGUCAGUAACCAGGGAAGACAGGUGACUUAAAACUGUCGGUAACUGCCUGGACCAGACACCACGACAGGCGGCCAUUUUGUUAUGCUGGUUGUUAUAGUAACUCUGAGAGGUCAGUGGCCACUGUUUUGUGACACUUGGUAGGGUUGUUAACAUUCUAGGUCAGACACAAUUUUGAGACUUUUUUUAAAUUAUAUUUUUUAGGGAAGGAUUAUUACUCUUGGAGGAUCAGUUGGCAGCUUUAAUGUUGUUAUUAUCAUGUUUGUUGAUGUUAGUUAACCGUCUUCAAAGUUGAAUCCUGGAUGAACAUUUCAGGUUUUGAAUCCCAAGAUAAAGAGGGUGUGAUUGUGAUGGCGGUACGAUGGCAGACCAACGUGUCGCUGAGCUUUCUAAAUGGUCGUCAUGGCGUUAUGAUGGUCAACGUGUCUCUGAGCUUUCUAAAUGGUCGUCAUGGCGUUAUGAUGGUCAACGUGUCUCUGAGCUUUCUAA